GGAAGGAAAAAAUGGUACAACAGCAAGAAAGGGUGCAAAUUAACGGAUAAGGAUAAGCAAAAGGAAAGGAUAAGGAAAACAUAAAGGGAAAGGAACAGCAAAGGGAAAGGAAAGGAAAAGGACAAAAGGACAGAAAAAGGAAGGAAUGAAAAAAGAAAGAAAAGCAAAGAUAAGAAAAUAAAGUAAAGAAAGGCGCGCAGACAGAAGGAAAUAGACAAACAAAAACAAUCAAACAAACACACAAAAGCACAAAACACAUACGAUCAGAAAAACCAGCAAGCCAACAAAACACAACAAACAUCACCAAACAAAUCAAAAAAAAGCAACCAAGAAAACACCCAAACACCACAAACACAACAACUCCCACAACAAAACAACACAACAAAAAAGCAACAAACAACUACAACACAAAAACCCAACUGUGCAAACUGCACUCUGAACUGUGCAAUUUGCACUGUUCAAGUUUGAGCUCCAAAAACCAACUGUGCAAUUUGCACUCUGGAGAGUGCAAAUUGCACAGUUGUAGCCCGGACUAAAUGAUCAUUUACUCUCGGAGAAUUUAGUCGGGAUCCGGUCUAAAUGAUCAUUUACUCUUUAGUCCCCGGACUAAAUCCUUAGCGGAGUAAAUUUAGACUCAUUUGAUCUAUCAGGUGACGGAUCGUGACAGCCAGAAAGGGAUGAUCGGCUUUUGCUGAUUGGGAAGGGGCCCGACGGCCCGGCUGCUCGAACAAUCACACCUGCUGAAGCGGCGAAGUUGUUGCACGGCAGGAGCUCGCGAUAUCAGGAGGAAGACAGACGCACCGCAUGCGGAGACCCCAAGAUGUUACUUGACGCGACCCCCAGAAAGCUGGCUGAUGCGGCAGUGCACUGGGCAGCUCAACAACUCCUGGGGGAAAAUCUCCCCGACAAAGUGGGAGUCUGUCGACUCGCCUGGGAGGAAGAGACUGAAAGGGUCCUGAUGAAGUGGCUCCAAGACAAUCCCAAGCAGGGAUCAGCCGGCCUUGUGGGGGGAAAACAGAAGAACAAGAACAAAGGUCUCCCUCUCCAUGAGCAGGCAAUGAAAGCCAUGUGCUAUGUGCUGAUGCAUGCGGCGGGCACCGAGGAGUGCCCCAUCAGCGAAGAAGGUUGGGUGAAAUGGCAACAACUCGCCGCGCAUCAGUCCUGCAAAAGAUUCCAAAACUGGGUGCUGCUGGAAGCACUCGACCAGGACAAAAAGGACCGACUCGUUGCGAAGCAAGACACUGAUGGAGUCUGGUGGGUCGCGGCCUGGUCGGGCCACACGCAGGAGAGAGUUGUUGGCCCAGCCGCAGUGGUCCCAACCGAGGAACUCCCGGCCUUGCUGGCGCAUGGCAGCUACCGACGUCACACUGCGUCCAUUCAGAAGAAGGGGUUGGUGAGAGGCGA